AUGGAUAUAAAUCAAUCGACCGGCAAUAAAAUGCCGAGUCAAGAACAUAUUAAUUUCAUAAAUAAAUUAAAUGAUACAAAAAUUCCACGACAAAAUCAAUUAAUUGCAAAUCGUUUAUUUAUGAAAAAUUUUCCUCGUGAAACAACUAGUAUUGAAAUUGAUAAUUUCUUUCAAUCAUUUGGUGCUGUACAUGAUGUGAAAAUCAUUGCGAAAGAAAAUACACAUUUUGCAUUCAUUUCAUUUGUUAAUGAAAAUACUGCCUUAGAUGUACUACGUCAACAUGAUAUUGUGCCGCUAAUAUUUAAAAAUCAUACGAUGAUUUUAGCACCUGCUUAUAAAAAAAAUAAUGUUCUAUCAGUAACAAGUCCUACAUCUCACUUUUCAACCAACGAUUCGGCGGUAACACCACCACAAACACCUUCGCGAAUAACAGUAAAUGGUAUAUAUCAACAACAACCAUCAACACCAUACCAUCAUUAUCAUCAACAACAGCAGCAGCAACAUCAAAUGUCAACUCCGCAUACUGUUUAUCCACCAAUAUUUUUUCCUGUACAAGCAAAUAUGCCAUUUGUUCCCAUGGCUGGUACUUAUAUAAUACCUCAAGGUCCAACACCUUCGCAUCAUCCGCAAUUACCACCAUCUUUCUAUCCAACAUUUUAUACUCAAACACCUACUCAUCAACCGAAUGGACAAAUCAUGAAUGGACAUGCUUAUGUUCCAUCUCCGUAUAUUUAUUCAAUGGGACCACCGCCAAUUCAAGCACAAUAUCAACCAACGUCAACAAUAAAUGAUGUAUCCAUGACAAGCGAAUAUUGA